AUGUCUGAUAGUGAGCUGGAUUACGACAUUACCAAGUCGCUUGCGUUAGCAAACGACUCGGACAGCGAGUACUCGUCCGAGGAAGAAAACCAGGAAAUUCAGGACAUAAUUUCCAGCGACGACGAAGACGAAGAACAACAAAAACCAUCCAAGAAGAAGCAGAAGUCCAACCAUGGCACAGCCAUAGGCCAGUCUGCGUUUCCAUCGUUAGAAUUGUCGGACAACGAGGAUGACGAAAGCACAACCAAGCUGGAAGCCAAGGACUUGAGCGCAUACUUCACUGCCAACAAUCCCCAAGCCAAAAAGGCCAAGGCAGGCUCUUUUGCAUCGUUCGGUUUCUCCAAGUUCUUGCUCACCAACAUCUCCAAGAAGGGAUAUCGUCAGCCUACGCCCAUCCAGCGGAAAACCAUCCCGUUGAUCAUGGAAAACAGAGACGUGGUGGGUAUGGCCAGAACCGGUUCCGGUAAAACUGCAGCCUUCACCUUGCCAUUGGUGGAGAAAUUGAAGUCCCACAGUCCUCGUGUGGGUGCCAGGGCAAUUAUCUUGUCGCCCUCCAGAGAAUUGGCCUCGCAAACUUUCAAGCAGGUUAAGGAAUUCAGUAGAGGAACCGACCUCAGAUCCAUCGUUUUGGUGGGUGGUGAGUCGUUGGAGGAGCAGUUCUCGUCGGUGAUGUCCAACCCCGACGUGAUCGUGGCCACUCCGGGGAGAUUCUUGCAUUUAAAAGUCGAAAUGAACAUGGACUUAAAAACGGUGGAAUAUAUCGUUUUUGACGAGGCUGACAGAUUGUUCGAAAUGGGUUUUGCCGAGCAGUUGAACGAGCUCUUGGCCGCAUUACCCCCACAGAGACAGUCGUUGUUGUUCUCUGCCACUUUGCCUCGGUCGUUGGUUGAUUUUGCCAAGGCUGGCUUGACGUCGCCAGUUUUGGUCAGAUUGGACGCAGAGACUAAGGUUUCUGACGAGUUACAGAUGGCCUUUUUCACCUCCAAGAAGAACGAGAAGGAGGCCAACUUGUUGUACGUGCUCCAGGAGGUGAUUAAAUUGCCGUUGGGUACGCCUGAGCAGUUGAAGAAAUUAAAAGACAUGGAAAAACGGUCCAACGACGAGGACGAGGAGGAGGAAGCGCAGGAAGUCAACGGAAAGCGCACCAGAUUCAAGUUCAAGAAGGAACGGUUGCCUCCUGCCAACGUGCUUCCUUCUGAGAAGUCUACCAUCGUGUUCGUACCCACCAAGCACCACGUCGAAUAUAUCACCACCUUGUUGAAGGACGCAGGCUAUUUGGUGUCGUAUAUCUACGGUACGCUUGACCAGCACGCCAGAAAGAACCAACUCUACCAGUUCCGUAUUGGAGUCACCAACGUGUUGGUGGUCACCGACGUGGCAGCUCGUGGUAUCGAUAUUCCCGUGUUGGCAAACGUCAUCAACUUCUCGUUGCCAGCAUCCUCGAAGAUUUUCAUCCACAGAGUGGGUAGAACUGCCAGAGCAGGUAACACUGGUUGGGCCUACUCACUUGUCAAUGAGAAGGAGUUGCCCUACUUACUUGAUCUCGAGUUGUUCUUGGGAAAGAAGGUGCUAUUGACGUCAAUGUUUGAGGAAAAGUCCCGAAUUCUCAAGGAAAAACAGGGAAGUGCCUAUGUGGCUCCAAAAGUGUCGUACAUCGACCGUUUGGUGGUGGGUGCCAUCCCCAGACUCGACGUGGAGACCUUCCAGGAGUUGUACGAGAACUUGCUCCGCAAUGAUUACGAGCUUGGAGUGAUAAAGGACGUUUCCAUCAAGGCUGAAAAGUUGUUCUACCGUACCAGACAAGCUGCCUCGCAGGAGUCAUUGAAGAGGUGCAAGGAAAUCAUGGAAACCGGCUCGUGGGACGACCAGCACUUGUUGUUUGGCCCCAACUUAGAGAAGGAGAAGGAACGGUUUUUAGAAAAAUUGAACGCCAGAUACUCGAAGGAAACCGUGUUCGAGUUCAACAAGAAGGGUAACGACAGGGACGAGAACAGCAUGGUGGAGUUUAUGAACAAGAGAAGAAGACAGCUUGCUCCUAUUCAGAGAAGAGCCAAGGAAAGGAGGGAAUUGUUGGAAAAAGAGAGAAUUGCCGGCUUGACCCACGGUAUUGAAGACGAAAUCUUCAAAAAGGAGUCGGGAGAAGUCGGUUACUCGGCCCAGGUCAACGAGGACGAGUUGCAGGAUGCUUUUGAGGAUGCUGAUGACAUCAUCGAGUCCAAGAAGAAGGAAAAGAAGUCGUUCAGAGAUCCUCAAUUCUUCUUGAGCCACUACGCCCCAGCCUCGUCCAUCCAGGACAAGCAAUUGACCAUCAACUCCUCGUUCGCCAACGAGGCCUCCAACGCAACCUUCGACUUGCAGAACGACGAACUGUCGCUGAAUAGACAAGUCAUGAGAUGGGACACCAAGAAGGGUAAGUACAUCAACUCCCAGUCCACCGACAAGAAGUACAUCAUUGGAGAGAGUGGUAACAAGAUCCCAGCCACCUACAGAUCGGGACGGUUCGACGAAUGGAGAAAGCAACGGAAUCUCCAGCCUGCUAGAAACGGAGCCAUCGAAAAGACCGAUGCAGGUGCCAACGACAAGAGAUUCAAGCACAAGAAGACAGCCGCUCCCAAGUUGCCCGACAAGUUCAGAGACGACUACCACAAGCAGAAGAAGAAGGUCGAGAAGGCCAUGGACUCGGGAAUUAGGGUCAAGGGAUACAACAAGCCUGGACAGCAACAAGAAAUCAGAAGCACCGAGCAAAUCAGAAAGAACAGAAACAUUAAGGAGAAGAGAAAGGAAAAGAAUGCAAGGCCAUCCAAGAGAAGAUGA